AUGAAUGACAGCAAACUCAACAAGGAAGUCAACGACCUCAUCGACUUCAAGGAGGACGGUAGCAGCUUCUCGGAGACACGCCACGAAGAACAAGAGGAAGAGCGUCAUCCGGUAGCUCCACCCACUCCAGUCAUCACAAUUGAAGAGGAGUCCACUCCGAUUGUGACAGCCAAGGCCGCCAAGGGUAACUCCAACGCAGCUACGGUAACUCCAGGAACCUCUACACCAGCAUCUGGAGCUCGUUGCAAGAAGGAGACGGUAGCCACUGAAGAGUUUCCAGCCAAGAAGCCUCGACAAGAUCAGGAGGAGAUGUACAAGCUCAUCAACAAGAGAACCAAGACAACUGAGAAGGAAAUCGAUCAUGGAAAGAAAGCGUAUCUCCUGAUGCAGAAGAUGGAGAAGAGUCUGGAAGAACUCCAAUCCACGUUCAAGACCGAACUGAUGAAGCAUGGAGCUGGCCUCCACGCCGACACCAAGAAGGGAUUCGAGAAAAACCAUGGUAGCCACCAAAGAGCCGGACACGAGAUCCACGCCACAAACCGAAAAGUGGACGGUUUUGUCGCCGGCGGUCCUCAAAGCCGAUCUAACCAGGAUCAAGGUCCUCGUGGAGGACUCAAGACAGCUCUGGCUGACGAAGAUGGCUGGAAUUCCAAAGCCAGACUACUCCUCGUCUCCAAGAGAAGAAUCGUCAAGUUAUUGGGCCACGCGAAGUUUGCGCAUUCUGUGGAGGCUAUUCCCAUCAGUCCGAAAUCUGCGAGAAAAGACCCAGUUGGCGGGUCAGAAGACAAAUCAUCUUCAACAGAGGAUAGUGCUCCUUCUGCCACCAGAAGCACCAGGAGGGGGAAGUCUGCCCAAGAGAUGGUGAAUAAUGCGAGACGUGUAGCUCCCUGUAUCCACUGGACGCGGCCAAGGCUCUACACCACCGCGCCAUUUGCGACAACUUGUACUUGGGUGCGCCGAUCGAAACAUUCAAUCGCAUCGAAACAUUCACUCGAAUGGCUCGUAGCUCAAGAGGAAAGGUCUCAAGAUGAAGACGUGGACGUGGACGUGGACGCGGUAUCCACCACGGAAAGCACCAGUGAAGGCGGAGAAUCCACUACACAAAUGGCCAUCGAGCCCGUUAACCUUGUUGUUAAUUAUUAUUGUUGUUUUUUAUCUAAUUGCUGUUAA